AUGUUUGGUGUGGUGCGAAGGCUGGGUCCACGGCUUCGAGGCGGCCUUAGACCGACGGUGGCAGCCGCUGCCGCUGCGGCUCCAGGCAUGAGCAGAAGAGACGCAAGCUCCCUGAGCUUUAGCCAGGAUGAGCCGCUGCUUCCGUGCGUCUGCAGGGCGCUCCGGAGGCAGAUCCGCUCGCCUCUGAUCGAUGGCGAGCUGCCGAGCCGGGAGCAGACGGGUCGGCGAUUUCACGCGUGCGGUUCGGUGGCGGAGGGUCUUGGAGGCUUCUUUGGUGGCCGGUGCGGUGUCCGCCUCCGUGCCCGCAGAGCUCUGGGCUCUGCAGGACUGGAGGAAGGUGCUGCCGAAGUUGGCAUCUUUGGGUGUGGACAUCCGAAGGUGCACCUGCAAGCUGCAGGCGAGUGA